AUGGACAACUCCAGCUUUGGUUCCGCCCUCAGGUCCUUCUGGCACACCAUGACCAGCUACGACAGACAUUCAUCAUACCAUUCGCCGCACAGGACCGGCCGUCACGUCCCCUUGCAAACCGGCCGAAACAGCAUCCUUACCGGUGUGGCCACCGCCUCCGACUCUCACCCCGACGUCGGCUCACCCUACUCCGAUGAGGCUGGCCGCGUCUCGCCGCCUGCCGCCAACGGCACCAAUGGCUCAUACUCGCCCGGCCUGAGAUCAAUGGCUGCCAAGCAGGCCGACGGCUUCGAGGUACAAAGCCCCGGCGACGUGCCCAUGCAGUCCUUUCACGACGGCCUACCACCCCCGCCGCCUGUCCGCCACUCGUGGAAGAAGAUAGACGCGUGGGCCGAGGAGAAUUACCCAGAGCUGGUCGAUCAGUUGUGCGAAGGCGCCACCACAAACGACCUCAACGACCUCGAACAUCAGCUCGACUGCUCGCUGCCCCAAGACGUGCGCGACUCGCUCAUGAUUCACGACGGCCAGGAGCGUGGAGGCAAUCCCACGGGCAUCAUCUUUGGUUCUAUGCUGCUCGACUGCGAGGAGAUUGUCCAGGAAUGGGAGACGUGGCGCAAGGUCAACCAGCAAUUUCUGCCUGACAUGGCCAAUGCUCAGCCCACGACGCCCUCCAAGGCUUUUGGCGGGAGCAGCGAGGCCUCGUCGUCGCGCCAACGACCGUCGUCCUCCUCCACGGGCAGCAACGCCGACGAGUGGCGCCAGAAUCUGCUGUCGCGUCAAGACUCGGUGCCCACCGGCGCCGUUCAGAAGACGUAUGCCCAUGUGGGCUGGAUUCCCUUGGUUCGCGACUGGGGUGGCAACAACCUGGCAGUCGACCUGGCUCCCGGGCCCGGCGGCCGCUGGGGGCAGGUUGUCAUGUUUGGGCGCGAUUACGAUACCAAAUACGUCGUGGCCCGCUCUUGGGCUGCCUUCCUGGCCCUUGUAGCAGACGACCUCAACAGCGGUAAAUGGUUCGUGGACGAGGACAACGGCGAGCUCAAGUUGAGGGAGUUUAAGGAGACGCGAGUUGAGCCAGCCUACUUCAGCAUUCUGCGAUGGAGGAUGGACCAGAAGUAUGGGCGGCGCGCCGCCAGGAGGGCCUCCCUGGGGCCGCCCAAGUCGGGCUCGCCUCUUGGCUCGCGGUCGGGUUCGCCCUAUGCUAGCCCUUCUGAGCCCAAUGGCGACGUCCGUGGCAGGUCUGCGCAGCGCUUCGGCGGAUCCUCUCCCCUGGCGAGCCCUAUAACGCCGGCAUACGGGAAGCCGCCUCCACUGAGUAGAGUCACAGAGGAAACGACGAUUCCCGAGAUACCCAGUGCCGACAUCGAACCCAGCCAGCUUGUCGAAGUGGAGAUGGACGCGGAGAACGAGCAAGGCAAAAAUGCGCUCCGCAUUUCGACCAUCCCUCGCUCGCAAACGAACCUGCUCAGCGACAAGGAGAACGAACCGCCGUCGAGCAAAGUGAACGGCAAGCAACCCGCGACCGUCGACGGAAUGAUGAAGACGAUUGAGAUUUGA